UAAGUUUCCAAUUCUUUAACAUCAUGAACUUUAACAAAUAUUUUGCUUUCUUGGCCAUUUUGGUCUUGUGCAUUUUGGGUCAACAAGCUGCUGAAGCCCAUCAUCAUCAUCGUUUCGGUGAAAUCGGUCAUGAAUUGCACAAGGGAGUUAAAAAGGUAGAAAAAGUCACCCACGAUGUUAAUAAAGUUACCAGCGGUGUUAAAAAAGUUGCCAGCAGUAUUGAAAAAGCUAAGAAUGUAAUUGAAGCUGGUUCUAUUGCCGGUGCUGUGGCAGCAGCUGCAGCUUAGAUUUAAGGGACUAACUGGUUGUAUCUAUUGGUUUCAGACAUUAAUAUAAGGAUAAAAUAAAUGCAAUUUAUAAUUGCAGGGAAAUGAAUAUCUCUGUGUUUCUUUCAUAU